UUCCUCAUCAGCCCCUCCCAUAUCCCAGUGCCCCAAACCCCUUAUGAUACUCCCGCCUCUGCCUCUUGCAUCUCCAUCAAGACCGUGCUAACGAGUCAGCCCACACGCGCGCCUCAUCACAGACAGAACCAACAAGCAUUUCGCCAACAUCCUCCGUCCGCGCGCGUGACCAUAUGGUCGCGGGCCAACAGCGCCGCUGACUGCCCCCCAACUACCGGCCCAACGCACUCCACCCCUGACGUUGAGUCGUUCGUCUCACAGCCCUGUCCUCGUGUCGACGUCGCUCUGGGCCCAGCCGUCACGACUCACGAAACAAAAAAGCAUAUCUAAAUCUAGCAUCGACUUCGGAUCGGGCCCCGUGCCUUGAGAGCAACCCUGCGCGAGGCGGAACCGGACCAAGAAGCAAGCUCAUUCUUCCCAUGCUUGCUCGCCCCACGGCCACGCCUCGCCUACCCCUCUCAUCCGCCACCAUCGCUACCAUCAUCAGGCUGCCCUCUGUGCUCCGCGCGGCCCCACGAGCUUCUGCUGCCUGCCCGGCCGCCUCCGACGUCAAACAUGUCCUCGCCGCCUCGCACCGCAGUCGCUACCUCGUCUCCCUCCUCUCCCCAAGGCACUCCCGGUAAUAAUACUGCUGCUCUGACGUCGCCCAACGCGAUCCCCCCGAGGACCUCUAGCACCGGCCUCCACCAUCAGCACAUCAACCGCGCCAGUCUCAACGCCGUCCAGCAGAGCCACGCCGGCAACACCGCCGCCGCCGGCUUCGCCCAUCCCACCUCGCUGGCGCCGUCAGUCCUCGUUCCCGUCUCCGAGGCCGCCUGGAUUGGCCAGCGAGGCAACAAGCCGCACCACCACGGCCCUCCCGGCACCGACUGGCGGUCGCCCGCCCUCUGCUUGAGUCCCGGCUUGGACACCAUGCGGCCUCAAUCUGACUCGUCGGCCGCCGCAUCCCCCUACCAGGGCCCCGGUGCAGCCGAACGCUAUGCCUCGGAUGACCUCAACUUCACCCCCCGCCGCUGUUGGACCCAGCAGAAGGAGGCCGUCAUCCGGGCCCCCUUUGACUACGCCCUCAGCCACCCCGGAAAGAGCUUCCGGGCUCAGCUCGUCGCCGCCUUCAACGCCAUGCUCGACGUGCCCCCGUCCAGCCUCGAGGUCAUCACCCGCGUCAUCGGCAUGCUCCACGAGGCGUCGCUUCUCAUCGACGACGUCCAGGACUCGUCGGAGCUGCGGCGCGGCUUUCCCGUCGCCCACAACAUCUUUGGCGUGCCCCAGACCAUCAACUCGGCAAACUAUAUGUGCUACGUUGGCCUCCAGGAGCUCCAGCGCCUCGAAAACCCGCGUGCCGUCUCCAUCUUCGCCGAGGAGCUCGUCAAUCUCCACCGCGGACAGGGCAUGGACCUGUACUGGCGUGACACCCUCACCUGCCCCACCGAGGAUGACUACCUCGAGAUGGUGGGCAACAAGACGGGCGGGCUCUUCCGCCUCGGCAUCAAGCUCAUGCAGGCCGAGUCGUCCGCCGACGUCGACUGCGUCCCGCUCGUCAACCUCGUCGGCCUCAUCUACCAGAUCCGCGACGACUACCUCAACCUCGCCUCCGAGGAGUACACGGAGAACAAGGGCAUGUGCGAGGACCUGACCGAGGGCAAGUUCUCCUUCCCCGUCAUCCACAGCAUCCGCUCCGCGCCCGCCAACAUGCAGCUCCUCAACAUCCUCAAGCAGAAGACGUCGGACAUCCAGAUCAAGCGCUACGCCGUCUCCUACAUGGAGGGCACCGGCAGCUUCGCCUACACGCGCGCCGUCAUCGCCACCCUCAUCCAGCGCGCCCGCAGGCUCGUGGUCCAGAUGGAUGCCGGGCAGGGCAAGAGCGCCGGCAUCUUGAAGAUUUUGGACAAGAUGGAGAUUAUCUAUUAAUAUCUACUUUGCUUUCGCAGCGAGCGGGACGGCGGCUACCUAAUGAUACUACGGGGAAGCGGCCAUCUUGGAGAGCGCUCAGUCAUGUUCGCAUCCUCACUGUCGACACCAUAACGUAAAUUUCCACAUGUCUGGAGUCUGGAAGGGGGAACUGCGAUUGGGAGGCUGCCUAACACAUGGACGAUGCGGGCCAGCGUUUUAUACCACUCUUUAUACCACUCUUGCUGCUGCUGCUGCUGCUGCUGCUACCACCGCCAACAAAUUUACUACAGGUGACUUUGCUCUCAAAUAAACAUGA